UUACAUCGUUCUUUUUCGUCGAUAGUUUGUGAAUUUUGACGGAUUGUUUUGUUAUUUAGACGAUAAGAGUUAUCGGAGGCAGAACAACAUGAAGGUAGAACUCGACGGCCAGGAAAGCUCAGCUGUAAGAAGUUUACAGAGACUUCACGCCAUGGUUCUAAAGAAGAACGACAUGUCAGAAGACAUUGCUAGUUCAUUGGUCACCUCGAACAAGGGCCGCAAACCUCGACACAGAACCACGUUUUCACCUUUCCAACUGAAGGAGAUGGAAAAGGCAUUCCGCCGUGCCCCUUACCCGGAUGUAGUUACCAGAGAAGAUUUGGCACGAAAACUGACCUUAAAUGAAUCCAGAGUGCAGAUCUGGUUUCAAAACAGACGCGCCAAAUGGAGGAAAGGGGUAGCACCAAAAGUUGACCUUUGCCCUGAGGAUGAAUACUCCGCCACGAAGACCGAACCCGUUACUCAGUUGCAAUCAGCCCCAUCGACAGAGGUUGCUCCUAAUAAGGAGGGAACGUGGCAGCCAUGGUCUCUCAUUACCGGGGACUACUCGUAUUAUCAACCAUCAUGGUUGGGACCAGUUGCUGAGCAGUCUCAAACAUCUUAUUUGUCCCACCACCAGGCGGCACCACUGACUGGUCAUGUGGAGCACAUGUCAUUUCCGACGCCGAUUAAUCUCGUCCAAAGGGAGAUGAUGUCACGCGAUGCACAGUUUAUGAACAAAUACGUAUUUGGAAAACCUAACAAAGAGUCGGGAAACACUCGAGUGAAAAUGUUUAAUUAAUAUUUAACAACUGCAUUAUAGUAUAUAUUUAUUUAAUACCAUUAUUCGCUCGGUACAAAGUUUGCUAUUGACGUAAUAAUAAAGUAAUAUAGUUAUCCACUA